AUGCCGUAUAUCCUCAAAGACAUAACUGAAAUAAACAACAUCGCAUUCAAGCGUGAUUGGGAUGAUGAUUAUUGGAGCGGAUCUGAUGGAGCCAGAUGGGCUUUCUUUGCCAUAUUUGCUGUUUUGAUCAUUAUUGUGGUAUUGGGUACCAUUAGAGUCAACAAGAAAAGAGCCCAACAUGGAGAACAACCAAUCUAUGGAACUAGAUGGCUUACUCCACCGUCAUACAGACAGUCUCAAACACAAUACCAUCAACCAGAUCAUAUUAGAGAUCCCGAUUUGCCCAGUGCUUAUGUACCCACGUAUACAGCUACUGCAAAUGAGUUUGACAUGGGUUAUUAUGACUCAAAUGGGACCUUCCAUCCCAACCCAAAUGCAAAACUGGCGUUGCAACACCCUCCGGAAACACAUCAAAGAACCGGGAGUGCAAUCACGUCGCAUACAAUUACCGGGGCUACGCCUUUAUCGCCGACUUUAAACCAAAACCCUCGAACCGACUCACCGCUGCACGAAGCCCAUACCAACUACACCAAUGACAAUGAUGAUGACCUUGCUGAUAUAAGCAGACCCGUGGGACCUCCACCAAGAAGGAAUACAACCACUACUUUAUCAAAUAUAUCAAGACCAGAGGGCCCACCACCACUGUCACGGACUACGAAUACCGAGCCACACGGAGAGAACACCACGAAUCAUGCAACUAGCACAGCAGGAACUGCUGCAACUGAAAAUGUACUUGAUGUUCCACUGCCUUCCUCGUCAUCGAAGCAAGAAACAGAGGCGAGUGAGACUACCAUUGAAAAGAAACGGUGA